GGACGAAUUUUUCGUGCCCCGUUUUGCCGGGUCACCUUUGCCGAUUUCUGGCUGGCUGAUCAGUUGAACAGUUUGAGUUUCAUUCUUCCCGAGCUUGCCCGAUUUCUGUGUUUCUACUCCUCACAAAUCAGUUGGCGUGACGGGAUGAAUUACAUUCCCCUGACCGAUCAGAAGAAUGCGACCGAUGUGGCACAGACCACAGUACCUCGUUGUGCACUCAACUCGGACCAGUUUGUGCGGGAUAGUUGUCAAUGUACCGGUGUUCUAUUUGGUCUGGAACCGAUUUUACGGACCCUGCCCGCCUGGUUCCGGUUCGCUCAGUGUCUACGACGUUAUCGGGACAUGGAAGUGAAGAAGACGAACCCGCAUAUAUUGAAUGCAGGCAAAUAUUCAACGACAUUUUUUGUUACCGUAUCUCUCGUAUGGGUUCAACUGGCGCCAAGUAUUCCAGCUCUGGUCUGUUUGGCCAUUUCCCAUUUGGCAAAUUCAACGUAUACGUAUUCGUGGGACAUAUUGAUGGAUUGGGGCUUGAUGGAAUUGCACUCGGAUAACCGCCUUCUUCGUGACGAGUUGGUUUACCGAUACAAGGCCUACUACUAUGUCGCGAUUGCGGAAGAUUUAAUUCUCCGAUUCACCUGGGUUAUUCGGCUGAGCGUACAAAGAACGCAUCCGGAUAAAUAUGAACUGACCGUGACUAUCCUUUACGCGGCUGAAGUGAUUCGUCGAUUCAUUUGGAAUUUCUUCCGAUUGGAAAACGAACAUCUGAACAAUUGCGGUGAAUUCCGUGCCGUUCGUGACAUAUUCAUUACACCGUUACCUAAGCGUCCCCCUCGCACAGUAUCCACGCAACUUUUCUCCACCAAUUUCGGCUCACAGCAGAAGCAUAAUGCGGUCUAUCCGACAAACAAUUCUGCCCUGAACCCACUUCAUCUACAUCAUCAUCUUCGUCAUCGUCACAAUCAUCAUUCUUCACCAAAGUCCAAACACGAUGACACUUGGACUUUACCUCCAACAAUGCUGGCGGACACUAAUAAAUCAUUCCGUAUGGAUGCGUCCACAUCACCGGAUCGCGAGUGGAGUCGUGCUGUACAAUCCAGCGCCGAUCAAUCUCGGGCUUGGCGUUUGCUCAAUCGAAUUAGCACAGCUACCACAAUGCGUUUGCCACGUCGCACGGCCAAUCGUCCAACAAAUCACGCGGACUAUCAUCAUCGGCACUAUCACUUUCAACAUCACAUAAUGGACAAUAUGGAACUAACGGAAUCUUUGCGAUCCACCCUGCCUCGUAGUGCCCGGGACGAGGAAAUAGCUUCUCAUUCCACGGAUGGUGAAUAUGUGCCAACACAGGCCAGUGGAGCUGGACCUAAUGGAGACAGUCCGGACCGGAGUGCGAGCACUCCGAAUUUAUUAGAGACUGGGAGAACGCGAUCGGGCUCCCUCGCUCAGCAGCCCAGUCCGCUUCAUUCUAGUACAUCAGAUCGGGUCAACAAUAGGUCUGAGGAUGUAAGCAUUCAGCGAUUAUCCGUUGUGGCAACACCAUCCACUAGUACGCAUUGCAUCCCAGUGGUACGGGUGACUCGAUCCCGGUCCCAUAACGACUUAGAGAACUGUGUGCGGACGGAUAUGUAUGAUGCACAUAAAAUCGCUAUGGAUUCCUCCUGUGACACAAUAAGCAGCAUGGAUAUGGAUGCCGGUAUGCUUCAUCCGACCGAUACUUCGAUCACUCUGCUUAGUCAUGAUCGUGAUCGGAUGAGUGGAAGUAGUGGUUCUGUGAAUGUCUAUAGAAUGUUAGGCUCAUCUCUGGAACAGCGACCAAGGUUUACGGCCACGUCGUACAGUUCGCUGGAGUCGCCGACUGAUCCGGAGGAAGCCCGCCCGCUGCCUGUCGAACGGGUUAGACAAGCUCAUAUUAACCCAUCACCUCUGGUUGAUUCCCCUCUGAAUGAACGCGUCCAUACACUUGAAGUUGUUCAAAAUGACUCCUAUUCCCUAAGACCAAUUUAUCCGCGCGUUAUUGGAUUCACAUACUCGGUUGCUGGUAUAGCCGUUUCCGUGUUCCAACUCUGCACCAUGGUAGCCACAAAUGGAACCUCAGUAUUUGUGGAUUUUGCCUGUCAAUGA